AAAGAUAUACUAAUUUAAAAAUUAAAUUUUAUUUGUUGAUAAAAAUAAUAUUUUAUAUAGCAUUACUAAUAUAUAACAAGCGAUAAUGAUAGAAUCGUCAACAUGGAAUACGAAAAAAGACGAAACAAUAUAUAAAACGGCAGGUUCAAUACAUUUGCGAAAAUAUGGACAAUUUUUCGAAAAUUUAGCAAAGCAAACAUGGAAAAAAGAUUCUACAUUAGAAUAUUUUAUGGAAGGCCCUCUUCGGCUUGUAUAUAAACCUGUUGAGGAUAUUAGCUUGAUAAGUUUAAUAGAAAUGGAAAAUAAAUUUUUAUCAAAAUUACUUGCUGCAGUUGCUGGUACUUGCAGAGAAAUUAGACUUCUUGUAAUGGAAGCUAAAACAUUUUAUAAAAAAUUGUUUACUCAUGGAGAAAAAGGAACAGAAAAUAAUCAGAAUAAUAUCACAUCUCUUUUAUCUGAUUUGCAAGAUUUAUUUGUUUUUGUAAAUAGAAUAUGGACAGUUACACAUUUAACAACAGAACAAUUAUCUAAUCUAGCCAGUGAUUCUAAUGAUAUAUAUUUACCUGUAUUAAUAGAACAUUUUAUUGAUUUGUUUAUAAUUGUUUUAACAUUAGAUGAAAUUGUUGAAUCUCAACCAUCAUUACAAGAGCAAUGGAAAAAAUAUAGAAUGAAUGUACGUUCUAUUAUGCAUAAUCCAUCACAAUUUGGUAUAAAUGAAUCUAAACUACAUGUGUUCAAUAAGUUAUUGAAAGAUUUACAAGAAAAUUUAUUAAAGAAAGUUUUAUUUUCUAAAACAAUAGAAAAUGUAAUGGAUGUAAAUAAAGGACCUAUAAUGAGUGAACAUAUUACUAAUUAUCUAAAAAAUUUAAUAAUAGAUAUAGAAAAUAAACCAAAUGAUUAUGUUUCAUUAAAUAAAAAUUGGAUUGAAAUAAAUAUUGGUAUUGUUAUAAUAACAAAAUUAUUUGGUACCUGUGAUAAAAGAUUAAUUAAAAGGGUGCUUGAAAAUAAUAAAAAAUUCUAUGCUGUAAAUUUAAUUGGGAAUGUUAUAUGGAUUCCAAGUAAAUUUUUAAGUGAUUUUUUGCCAAAGGAAGCUGGAAAUACUAUUAAUCAACAAGUAGGAGAAAAAAUAUUAUGUUCAAGAAUACAGAAACUUUCGCAAACUGUAAAUAGUUUAAUUCAGAAAGCAGUAACAUGGUGCAUUGAUAUGCAAAGUAUUUUAAUGAAAACAAGUCUUCAAAUUUCAGAUAUUGGACAAAAACAAUCUUUAUUAGUUGAUUUAGUUGCUCUUUUAUCUCAAAUUAAAGAAAUCAUAUCUUUUAUAAUAAAUAUGCAUGCAAUUCUUAUUAAACCAAUGAAUCGCAAUACUGUCCAAUUAAUUUGUAGAUUAAUAGAAGUACAAAAAUCUUUACAGACUACAUUUUACAUUUUGGGACCAGUUAUAGUGCAAUCACAAAGUCAAGUAUUACAAUAUUUAAGUUACUAUAUAUUAAUUACAUUAGAAACUGCACGUAAAAGUUUGAUUCAGAAAGAUAAAGGUUAUAGCAAAGAAAAAUUAGACUCAUUAUCAUUAGUGGGUUUAAGUAUGAGAUUAUUAAAUGGACCACCAAGUGCAGAUAGGAGAUUAAUAAUUAGAUGUGCUUUAGCAUGUGCUAAUCAAUUAACAGAUACUUUCAAAGAAGAGGAUAUGGUGAAAUUACGUUUUUCAUUAAAUAACUAUGAUAUUAUUGCUGAGUUGCAUAAUAUUAUUAUAGAUCUCUGUGAUUAUUCUAUAUUAUUGUAUCACCAGAAUAUAAUUCCAGCUUACUUUUCUUCUGUAACAGAUAGUAAUUUAAAUAUAAAUCAUAUAGUUCAUUUAUUCAAUGCAUUUAACAGUACUAUAAGCGAACAAGAAGGAAUAAAUUUAAAACAAAAAAGAAUUACGCAAUUAAAAGAAAUGUUAACCAAAAAUAUAUUAGAACCUGUUUGCCAUGAGAUUGAAACUAAUUUAAGGCUUCACGUUCAUGAGCAUUUAAAGUUGAAUUCCACAAAUCCAUUUAAUAUUGGAGCAAAAGAUGGUGGAAGAAUAGUGCGAUCACUACCUCUACCUUUAGCAAAUAGUAUGAUAUAUGCCAAAAGAUUUAUCGAACAUUAUCUUGAUGAUAUGUUUUAUAAUCUCACUACAGUGGCAUUGCAUGAUUGGAGAACAUAUCGAAUGAUGCAUGCUUUGGCACAUUAUAAAUUAAAUCUCGAUACUGUUCAAAAUCCCUUGCCUACACAAACCUUGGAACAAGGUUUGGAUGCAUUAGAAAUUAUGAGAAACAUUCAUGUAUUUGUUUCAAAAUAUUUGUAUAAUUUAAACACUCAAACAUUCAUUGAACAUACUAGUAACAAUAAGCAUUUAAACACCAUUGGAAUUCGACAUAUAGCAAAUUCUAUUAGAACACAUGGAACUGGUAUUAUGAGUACAACAGUUAACUUUGUUUAUCAAUUUCUUCGUAUAAAAUUACAUACAUUUUCACAAUUUCUUUUUGAUGAACAUAUAAAAUCAAGAUUAAUGCGAGAUAUAAGAUUUAUUAAAACUCAGAGAGAAAAUGGAACAACACCUUAUACAUAUGAAAGAGCAGAAAAGUUCCAAAAAGGAAUCAGAAAAUUAGGUAUGACACCUGAUGGUCUAAGUUAUUUAGAUCAAUUUCGACAAUUAAUAACUCAUAUUGGAAAUGCAUUGGGCUAUGUACGAUUAAUCAGAUCUGGUGGAUUACAUGCUAGUUCAAAUGCUGUUUCAUUCUUGCCAAAUAUAGAUUCAUCUAUACCAUUUGAAUUAAUGUGUAAAAAUUUAAAUUAUAGUGCAACAACUCAAGCAGCAGCAAAAUGCUUAGAAAAUGAUAUUGCAAAUUUAGUACGACAUUUCACAGAAGGUAUACAAUAUUUCAAACUUCUUGUCGAUGUAUUUGCAUCUGCUUUUCGAGAUACUGAAUCACAUCAUUUGCAACAAUUUUAUGCUAUUGUACCACCAUUAACAUUAAGUUUUGUUGAUAACUCGAUAUCAAAUAAAGAAAAAAUGUUUAAGAAAAAUCAAAUAGGUGCAGCUUUUACCGAUGAUGGUUUUGCAAUGGGAAUUGCUUAUCUAAAUGCCCUUUUAAAUCAGUCAUCAGAAUUGGAUAGUUUACAUUGGUUUAAAACAGUCGAACAAUAUAUAAAUGCUGAAAAACAAAUUGCAGAGGGUAAUAAAAACAUUCAUGGAGAUGAAAAAUUGCAACAAACAAGGGCAUUAACAUUAAAACGCUUAGGUGAAAGGAGUGCUGAAUUUCAACUGCUCUAUUAUAGUUUAUCUGGGGCUAGAGUAUUCUUUAAACAAUCUGAUACAUAAUAUUUCAUAAUGUAUCAUUGAAUUGAUUAAUUAUAAUGUGAUAGUUAAAUAUUUUUGUUUCAUAUUUUUCAUUAUUAAUGUAUAAAAAAAUAUCAAAUUAUACAAUGAAUAAUGUUAUGUGCUUUAUAAAAAAAUAGCUUUAAAUGUUAAAAACAGUUAUAAUUAUAUGCUAUAAAUUUAUUUUAUUUUCAUAAUCCUUUUGUAACUUGUAUUAUAUAUAUUACAAUAAUGAGAAAAUAAAAAUACAGUAAUAUAUAAAAUAAA